AUGUCUACCGCAGCGCCGCUAGUGUCGUGGCUUGGGUCGGCCAGCGCUCGUGCGGGAGGACUUGGAGUGUGGGCUAAGCUGUCCGAGGCGUAUAUCAAGAUCCUUUAUCGGCCAUGGUGGCAAAGAGUCUGGGUGCUACAGGAGCUCCUGCUGGCCAAAAAGGUCACCCCCCUCUACGGCCCGCAUUCUAUCGACUGGGAGCUUUUUCGAAUGUGCCUGUUUAGAACCAUCUCUCUCCUAAAGCACUUCGUAUUCUUCUCAUCUAGGGAUCCCCAUACCAGGAUCAACCGGAUGUCAAGGUUGCUCAACACGCUUGUCUAG